CUGGUUGGACUAAAGAAGAAAGGUUGUUCGCAAUACGAGGAUGUUUGCAUUCAGUGAGCUUCCGUACAGCUCUGUUACCAGGAAGUGUCAUUGAUACUGUACCUUCCAGCGCUCUGGCUUAGAUGCUCUGGUGCUGACAAGUUGCUUCGGAGACGGUAAAAAUGAAGGUCAGUUCUUCGGUGCUGGCAUGUUGCUGCCUGCUGAUUCAAGUUUUUGGAAUGAUGCUUUUUAUUCGUGGCUUCUUUCCUGCUCCGGUGCGAUCUCAGUCACGUAAGAGCACUAGCGCACAGAUCCCACCAGAGCCAGCGACAGCAGGGGCAUCCUCAAACUGGACAACACAUCCUCCACCUCUCUUCAAGAAGGUUGUCAUCUUCCUAAUCGAUGCUUUAAGACAGGACUUUGUGUAUGGUCCAAAGGGGAAGGAACAUAUGCCUUACCUUACACAACUUUUGGAAAAAGGAACAACACAUAGCUUCAUAGCAAAAGCCACAGCACCAACUGUCACUAUGCCUCGUAUCAAGGCCCUAAUGACAGGUAGCAUCCCAGGAUUCAUGGAUGUUGUAAUGAAUCUAAAUUCACACGAAUUACUGGAUGACAAUGUGAUAUGGCAAGCAAAGCAAGCUGGAAAACGUAUAGUAUUUUAUGGAGAUGAUACUUGGAUAAGACUUUUCCCCAAACAUUUUUCUGAAUAUGAUGGAACUACAUCAUUUUUUGUUUCUGAUUAUACAGAGGUUGAUAAUAAUGUUACAAGGCACUUGGAUGACAUAUUAAGGAGAAAUGACUGGGAUAUGCUUAUCCUCCACUAUCUUGGAUUAGAUCACAUAGGACAUUUAACAGGACCACAUAGUCAUUUAGUCGGUCCAAAACUUCUUGAAAUGGACACUGUCCUAAGAAAAAUCUCCAUUGCUCUAAUGUCACAGGAAGAAGAUAUAUCUGUUCCUAGUUUAAUUGUUUUAUGUGGUGACCAUGGAAUGUCAGAAACAGGCAGUCAUGGUGGCUCAUCUGAAGAGGAGGUGCAGACACCACUCGUUUUAAUUAGCUCAGCAUUUGAAAAGAAAGGUGGAACCUCUAAAUUGCCUGAAAUCGUACAACAGACCGACAUAGCCCCGACUUUAGCAAUAAGCCUUGGCCUUCCAAUUUCCCAAAACAGUCUGGGAAUGCUUUUGCCUCAGACCGUUGAACACAAGUCAAUGAGGGAGCAGCUGCGUUUCUUUCAUUUAAAUGGACAUCAGCUCUGUAUGCUUUUGAAGCAAAACCUGGAAGCAUAUGAAAAAGAUGAUGGAGUAGAACUAUUCAGGAAGGCUGAAAAAUCUCAUGGAAACUGGAUAAAACUUUAUUUGGAAGGAAAUACCUCUGAGACCCUUACCAACCUUGGCAAGAAAGUUCUAAAACAGUAUUUGGAAGCACUGAAGAAUCUGAGCUCCUCAUUAGGGAAACAAAUAGCUGAAUAUGACAUCUAUUCAAUGAGUAUAGGGGCAGUAAUAGCACUGGAGAUUUUGUUCCUGCUUCUGCUCAGUAUUCCCAGUGCUUUAAGCAGCCAGGCACAUUUUGACGUUCCCCUGUCUUCCCCACUGUUCUCCCUGUUAUUUUACAUGAUGUGCCUGGUACUCUCAGCCAUUCAUGUCAUUGUCUGCACAUCUUCUGAGAAAGUGUGCUUUUUCUGUAGCAUCUCUUGGGCAUUGGCACUUGGAAUCAUGAUGUUCAUCUCUGCGCUUUCCUGUAUUGUUUUAUCUACUUUGGGCAAAAUGUUGGCAAAAUCUCAGUGUCAUAACAAGAAACAAGAUUCCACUUUUUCAGGCUGGUCAGAAUUAGAUCUUCUAUUGUUAAUAGGAACACUAGGCCAUGUCUUAAGUAUGGGUGCAAGUAGCUUCAUUGAAGAGGAACAUCAGACUUGGUAUUUUCUUACCAAUACACUUUGUCUGGCUUUGGCCCAGGAAAUGUGCAGAAAAUACUUUCUUGUGAAAAAAGUAAAUUUGCUGGACUCUGCGCAAGAUGAAGAGUCCAAAAAUGAAGGUCUGUACAUGGAUAAGAUUUAUGAUACACACAAGAAAGAGAUGAAAGAGCAGACCAUACCACUUCUGUUGCAGUUUGCUAAACACUAUGAAAAAUGGAUUGCGUUAUUGAGUCCCUGGGCUAUACUUAUUAUUUGUCGACUUUUACGUACUCUGAAUCAGACUGGAAUCCAGUGGAUCCAUCGUCCGGAUUUUGGACACUGGUUGACAAGCUCAGAACACAAGGCAGAACUCUCAUUUUUGGUAGCUGUCUGCCUCAUAAUGAUAUUCAUUCUAAUUCAAGGUAGAUGCUCGUUUAUAUCAAAAGUUGCCUUGGCAUUCGGACUCUUGGGAGUCUACUGCUACAGAGCUGCCAUUGGCCACGUUUUGUACCCAUGGUCGAAAAAUAGUAACAGCUUAUCACAGGGAAUUACAGAAGCCCGCUUUGUUUAUAUAUUUGUGCUUGGUAUUCUUUUUACGGGAACAAAAGACCUGUUGAAGUCACAGGUUAUUUAUACAGAUCCCAGGACAAAGAGUGUGGGACUGUGGGAAGUAUAUAGUGGAUUCAUCCUUCUGGCAGCUCUUUUAUAUCGUCCACACAACCUUGUAGUUUUGGUGUUCUGCCUCCUAAUGCAGACAACCUUAAGUAUGUUCAUUUGGAAUUUACUGAAGCAUGAUGCCGCUCAGAUCACCAUAAUGCACUACUGGUUUGGACAAGCAUUUUUCUUUUUUCAGGGAAAUUCCAAUACAAUAUCUACUGUGGAUAUUUCAGCUGGCUUUGUUGGCUUGGAAAGCUAUGUAGAGCUACCAGCCAUCUUUCUUACAAUGUUUGCUACAUACAGUGGACCUCUCCUUUGGGCUAUACACUUGCUUUGGUAUCUGAGUUCAGAAACAAACAGGUUCUCAACGACUGUAGCGCAUGGCUGUUAUUGCUACGCCGUUAUUCGAUCCAUACCAGUCACAGUGUACAUCAUUCUAGUGACUGCUUUUCGUUACCACCUUUUUAUAUGGAGUGUAUUUUCCCCAAAGCUGCUCUAUGAAGCAAUUCACCUAUUUAUUUCAGCAGGUGUAUGCGUCAUGUUUACUGCUGUGGAUAAAAAUCAAAUAUCUAAAUCUGAGAACUGACUCAUUUUACAAUGACCUACAAGAGCGCUAUACAUCUCUCUAAAGGAUUGAAACAUCUCUUUUUAUUUUGAAGAACUUUUUAUGGUGGUGUGUAAAUAAGUUGGGAUAUUCUAUUUUUCUAAGAAAAAUACGUAUGCAAAUAAUUGUUAUACAACGUAGCUGUUUUUGCAAGAAGCAGACAAUCUCUGUCAUUUAACUAUCCAAAUGGGUGACUGCAUGUGAUAUGCAGAAAAAAAAGAGACUGGCAUCUACAAAAGUUUUUGCUUUUUGCAUUCCCUAAAUUAUCACCUGGCAUUAUGAAAAAAGAGGUAGAGUGUCGCUUUUCUUUGCCACUGAUAUGUGCACUUUAAUCUUUCUGAGAAGGCUUCAUUAUUUGUUGAUUGGUUUUGAAGUUUACUGUUUCCAUGAUUUUCAUAAAUGAACAAUAGUAAAUUUUUUAAUUGCUUGUAUGUAUCUAUAUGGCUAAACUGUGGACCUUUGAAUAUUCAGAUCUUGCAUCUUGUAAGUUAUUGAUAGUUGUAAUUCAGAUACAUAGAAUGCAGCAAGGUUAAAGUAACUGCUGUAAAAUUAGGCAAUUUUUUAAGGUAGGGUAUUUGAAGCAUUAUGACAUGAACUGUGAGGCUAUCCCAAUAAACAAUGCAUUGUUUCCUCUAUAUCCUGCCUGCAUAUAUGCAUAGCAAAGUUUGUAACAUAUAACUAGUCCAAGUGAUACCUGGCAA